UGGACCAACUACCAGCUCCUUCCUUAGCUGGAGGCUGAUGCCCCAGAACCUUCAAGAGAAGAGCCAGGCCUACCCCCGCCGCCGCCCUGGUCACCACACAGGCCAUAAAAGCUCUGAGGCUGUCGAAGCAACAGCCAUGUACACUUUCCUGCCCGACAACUUCUCUCCCUCCAAGCCCAAGCCGUCCAAAGAGUUGAGGCCACUACUGGGCUCCGCGGUGCUGGGGCUGCUGCUGGUGUUGGCCGCGGUAGUGGCCUGGUGCUACUAUAGCGCUUCCUUACGCAAAGCAGAACGCCUUCGCGCAGAGCUGCUGGACCUCAACCGUGGCGGCUUCUCCAUCCGAAACCAGAAGGGCGAGCAAGUCUUCCGUUUAGCCUUCCGUUCUGGAGCAUUGGACCUCGACUCCUGCAGCCGCGAUGGCGCCCUGCUUGGCUGCUCUCGCACGGCGGAUGGGCGCCCACUGCACUUCUUCAUCCAGACUGUGAGGCCCAAGGACACCGUCAUGUGCUAUCGCGUGCGCUGGGAGGAAGCAGCCCCAGGACGUGCGGUGGAGCAUGCCAUGUUCCUGGGCGAUGCGGCUGCUCAUUGGUAUGGCGGUGCUGAGAUGAGGACGCAACACUGGCCCAUCCGCCUGGAGGGCCAUCUGGAACCGCAGCCAUUUGUCACUAGCGAUGUCUACUCUUCUGACGCCGCAUUUGGGGGCAUACUUGAGCGCUAUUGGCUAUCAUCUCGCGCAGCUGCCAUCAAAGUCAACGACUCAGUGCCUUUCCACCUGGGCUGGAAUAGCACGGAGCGUUCGAUGCGGCUCCAGGCACGCUACCACGACACGCCUUACAAGCCGCCUGCUGGACGCACCGCAGCACCAGAGCUCAGCUACCGGGUAUGCGUCGGCUCAGACGUCACUUCCAUCCACAAGUAUAUGGUGCGGCGUUACUUCAACAAACCAUCGAGGGUGCCAGCGCCCGAGGCCUUCAGAGACCCUAUCUGGUCCACGUGGGCGCUCUAUGGGCGUGCUGUGGACCAGGAUAAGGUGCUGCGUUUUGCCCAGCAGAUCCGCCAGCACCGCUUCAAUAGCAGCCACCUGGAAAUUGACGACAUGUACACACCGGCCUACGGCGACUUCGAAUUCGACGAGGCCAAAUUCCCCAACGCCAGCGACAUGUUCCGCCGCCUGCGAGACGCUGGCUUCCGGGUCACACUCUGGGUGCACCCAUUUGUCAACUACAACUCCUCACGUUUCGGCGAGGGCGUGGAGCGUGAGCUGUUCGUGCGCGAACCCACAGGCAGGCUGCCAGCGCUUGUGCGAUGGUGGAAUGGCAUUGGCGCGGUGCUCGACUUCACGCGCCCAGAGGCCCGCGACUGGUUUCAGGGACACCUGAGACGCCUGCGUUCGCGCUACGCUGUGGCCUCCUUUAAAUUCGACGCGGGUGAAGUCAGCUACCUGCCGCGGGACUUCAGCACCUAUAGAUCGCUGCCUGACCCCAGCGUAUGGAGCCGGCGCUACACUGAAAUGGCUCUGCCUUUCUUCUCACUGGCCGAGGUACGUGUGGGCUACCAGUCACAGAACAUCUCAUGCUUCUUCCGCCUGGUGGACCGCGACUCGGUGUGGGGCUAUGAUUUGGGGCUGCGCUCGCUCAUUCCAGCGGUGCUCACCGUCAGCAUGCUGGGCUACCCAUUCAUCCUGCCAGAUAUGGUGGGUGGCAACGCAGUCCCUGAGCGCACAGCUGGCGGCAGAGAUGGUCCGGAGCGCGAGCUUUACGUGCGCUGGUUAGAGGUGGCCGCUUUCAUGCCAGCCAUGCAGUUUUCAAUCCCGCCCUGGCAAUAUGACGCAGAAGUGGUGACCAUUGCACACAAGUUCGCUGCACUGCGGGCCUCGCUUGUGGCACCGCUGUUGCUGGAACUCGCCGGUGAGGUCACGGACACUGGCGACCCCAUAGUGCGCCCCCUUUGGUGGAUCGCGCCCGGCGACGAGACAGCUCACCGCAUUGACUCUCAGUUCCUUAUCGGGGACACGCUGCUAGUGGCGCCGGUGUUGGAGCCAGGCAAGCAGGAGCGCGACGUCUACCUGCCUGCUGGCAAGUGGCGCAGCUACAAGGGCGAGCUUUUCGACAAGACGCCAGUGCUGCUCACUGAUUACCCCGUCGACUUGGACGAGGUUGCCUACUUCACCUGGGCGUCCUGACUCAGCCCAGGGCCCGGGAACCCCACAGCUCUAACCCUAGCUUUCAUACAGAUCUUUAACUCCAUCACACCCGAACACACAUCUCCGGAGAUCUCCACCUCUGUACUACCCAUUAUGUGGGUGUUGAACUAAAUGUGCUGGAGCCAACUGCUGUAGGUGGGACCGAAGCAGGGGACAUCAAAGCAACCUCUGGCACCAAUGCACAAUCCUAAUAGCUCCCUUUCCCUCCACACUUACUCCAGUUUACAGAAACCUCUUUCCUGAGGUGGAGUCAGAGAGCUCAGAGGAGAAAGAUUGGCUUUUUUUGUUUGUUUGUUUGUUACUUAUGGUCCGGUUUUAAAAGCACAAAGAGAAACCUCUCCCCUCCAUCCUGGCCUUCGUGGCCAUCUUUGUCCUCCUAAAAGUCCCCCAAAUAUUCCCUGCCACACUCAGAAAGUAUACAUUCUUGGUGUUAGAAGCCAGGCCCUGAGUUCACAGCACAUAUCUGAACUGUGGCUGACUUGGUUCUACUCCAGCUGGGGAGAAGUCAGGUGUUUCAACAAUUGACAAGGAGACAGGAGGUUCCCUCCUAGAGAACAGAAGGCCUAGCCCAGAGUCACCACUUUUGUCCCUGUUUGUGAAGAGACUCCUAAUAUUGCACUAACCCAUCUGUGUACACACAUGGGCUCAGUCACUGGCUAUAAGUGCUUGAUGGGCACAGACUCCAAGGCCAUGCAGACCACACUUAGUGCCUUAACUCAAGAACUGUGUGUGUGUGUGUGUGUGUGUGUGUGUGUGAGAGAGAGAGAGAGAGAGAAAGAAUGGCACACACCAUGGGUCCCUGAAUCCACAGAAUAAACACAGUAUCCCUGAAGCUAGAUAAGCCUGGAGGAAGGGGGCAAGGGGCAA